AUGGCAGCCAGCUUUCCGUACAUCCAAGCCUAUGGUGUGGUGCUCUGCGUCGAGUGCCAGACCUGCCUCCUCCCCUCCCGCAGUAGCCAGGAACGACACCUGAGGCAGCCCCCACACCACCGCAAAGGGCCGCAGUUGCAGGCUCUCCUCGACCUCUUCGCGACGUACGAGCUGCAGCUGCCGAGUCGAGUGGUGCUACCAAAUUCGCCCUGCUCGGCGGCCAUCGACGGCCUACGUUGCUAUUCAGCCUUCACAUGCUGCCUCUGCACUGGCUGCCUCACGCGGUCGAAGCACGCCCUAGAGGUGCACGUGUCCAAGGCCCACCAGCAGAAGCCAGCACAGCAAGUCGAGGGCAGCUCGUGGCGGGAGUGUACUAUCCAGACCUUCUUCGCCGAGAAGCAGCACAUCCGGUAUUUUGUAGUGGAUGAUGCCAAAGAAGCCGCAGGAGCUUCAGACGCUGAGAAGGCGGAGCUAGGUGAUACGCUCGAGCGCAUUGAGCAGUAUUGCGGGCGGUUCUUAAAGCAGGACACCGAGACUCCUAUAGGCGAGAUCCUCAGCUGGCGCUUACUGCUGUUUAUUGUCUCGAAGGAGGUCGUUGGGCCGCACCAAGCACAGUGGGAUGUAGACGAGAAGGUCCUGACCUACCGGGACGUUGAUUUGCAUAUGGAUCACGUGCCGCGGCUCUUACUCUCCGACUUCCAGCAGGCCCAGCACCUACUCUACGACGAGCUAAUGUUCGGGGCCCAGAACCUCCCGCGGAUGCGUACUUGGGCUUUAAAGGACAACUUAGACGCCGAUGCCUUUGGCUAGUUCUUUGGCCAGCACCAGGAGAACGUUAAGCUAGUAAAGCCGCUAGCGAGGUCUUUGCUAACCGUUAUCCAAGACUCGAAGCCGUUGCGGGACUCGUUCCUGGAUGCCACUGCAGAUGGCGCUAAGGUCUGGCGAGGGAAGGCGAU